AUGAGACCAAUUGACGUUAACUUUAAAAAUGCUCAAGAGGUGUGGGAGAGGAUUUAUGGAGAUGAAUUGUCUACAAAAACUAAAAAAGCCAAGCCAAAAUUUAAUAAAGGAGAUUUUGUUCGUAUGAGUGUUAAUAAAGGAACAUUUGAAAAGGGGUAUAUCCCAAAUUGGGGUGAUGUAAUAGCAGAAGUUGACAAAGUCAAAGAUCAAUCAAGACCCGUUCGUUACAAAUUAGUAGAUGACAAAGGAGAUAAGUACAAGGGAUCGUAUUACAAUGAGGAACUCACUAAAGUGAAAAAAGAUGCGGGGACCGAGUACAGAAUUGAGAAGGUAUAUCAAAAAAGAAAACGACCGGAUGGUACAUAUGAACUACUUGUAAAAUAUAUAGGUUACCCCGAAAGAGAAUGGAUACAUGAGAACCAGUUAGUAUAA